GGCUACGAGCCGACUGUGUAUUACCCCAAGCGCCCCAGCAAGCCCCUGUUUGAAGGUUUGACCACCCAGUGCCAGAAGAUGGACAUCCCCUUCCUCCCUGAAUUCCCAGCUGAGGCUGCACUCAUCGAUGAGCUCUACGGCCUGGUUGUGGACGCGAUUUUUGGGUUCAGCUUCACGGGAGCAGUGCGGGAGCCCUUCGGCAGCAUCCUCAGCACCCUGGAGCGUAUCACGGUGCCCAUCGCCAGCAUCGACAUCCCCUCGGGCUGGGACGUGGAGAAGGGGAAGGCGGACGGUCUCCAGCCCGACAUGCUCAUCUCGCUCACGGCGCCCAAGAAGGCAGCGAUGCAUUUCACGGGCCGCUACCACUUCCUUGGGGGCAGGUUUGUGCCUCCUGCGCUCCAGAAGAAAUACGCUCUGAACCUGCCACCGUACCCUGGGACAGACUGCGUCCUGCAGCUCACCUAG